AUGGGCAUGCAACUAACGGCUUCAAGUAAGCCCCUUGAUCGAUCGGAUAUCGAUGCCUCCGAUGCCGAACACCAAUUCGUUGUGAAGGUGUGGCUGGCAGAUUCUUGGUUCGCAAUCCCCCAAACAACACUACAAAUGUCAUUGGACGGUAAAGAAAAUCUGCUACAGACGCCUGAAACGAUAAGAAUCCAGACCGGGCAAGGUUGGACAAAAGUCACACCCGAAGAGGCACGAGAUGCGAUGGCGCAGCCUAGCUUACAAGGCGAACAACCUAUUGUUCGUAUUCGACGCGAGAAGCUCAUCAAUCAACCGUGGAGCGUAAUCAAGGGGACAGGCUGGGCAUUAUCAGGCAUCAGCAAUAUAUCAAAUCAAGGUCCUGCCGUGCACGACUUGCCAGGCCCAGACUCUGGGCACCUAGACGACGUACUCGGCAGCAAGUAUCAGCCCAGUCAAAGUAUUUGCUAUCCAGGCGAUGUACUCAUGCUCAGCUUCGCUCCCGCAAUGGUUCUUGAGGCGGCGGCAGUGCAGCAUAAGUUACAGCCAAGAACUCUAAGAAAACGAGGGGUCAAGAGUACGCGCAAGACAUCCUGGGCCUACGGUGGUGCUGGCUGGCUCAGGGCUAUGCAACAUGGGUAA